AUGGUUCCUCUAGAAAGUGAAAAGGAUCCGUCGCCAUUCAGCGUUGAAAGCAUUCUGAGACGGGAAGACAAGGCUCUCAAGUCACAAGCUAUGACAACGACUUCCUCUUUCAACGUGUCUCUCGUCCCCAUCUCACAGAACCGUAUAAAAAUUGCGAGUCCCUACGAGGCUGCUAUGCUAUUUUUGAGGCGGUCCAGACUAUCCAUUCCUCUCUCUGAAAUCACACCUGAAUCUUCAAGUUCACCACCACGCUCAAUCGCCCCAGUGCAGUGGAUAAACGCUUGGAGUGCUCGAAGCGAUUCAGCCGUCAAUGAGGAUGCUAAAAUACAAAUGGGCAUAAACAAGUGCAUGCUGCGAAAACAUAAGAACAAUCGCAAACCCCGCACGCCGUUCAGCACUCAGCAACUUCUUUCACUGGAAAGGAAGUUUCAACAGAAGCAGUAUCUGAGUAUAGCAGAACGAGCCGAGUUUAGUGCCAGCCUACAAUUGACCGAAACACAAGUAAAAAUCUGGUUUCAGAAUCGUCGCGCGAAAUCAAAGCGUUUACAAGAGGCUGAAGUGGAGAAGGCGAAAUUUGCUCAUGCUAGCGCAUUUGCAGCAGCAGCCGUGGUGAACGACUUAUCAAAAACAUUUGUCGCCUUAAGAUAUCCGACAUAG